CGCCAUGGCCGCGUACCGGGUGCGGGUCCGCACCGGCACCGCUCCCGGCGCCGGGACCAGCGACGCCAUCGCCGUGACGCUGGUGGGGACCCGCGGGAGCAGCCCCAGGACGGUGCUGGAUCGCUGGGGACCCGACUUCCAUUGCGGGGCGGGUGGCAGUGACGCGAGGGUGACAGCGGUGGCACGGUGGCGGUGGUGGUGGCCUGGUGGCGGUGACACGGUGACAAUGGUGGCACAGCCGUGGUGGCAGCGAUGGCCUGGUGAUGGGGACAGCGGUGGCAGCAGUGACACAGCGAUGGUGACAGACUACGAUGUCACCGUCCCUUGUCACCUGGGCCACCUCCUGGUGCUCCGUGUGCACAGUGACAGUGACACAGUGACAGACUACGAUGUCACCGUCCCUUGUCACCUGGGCCACCUCCUGGUGCUCCGUGUGCACAACAGUGACACAAUGACACUGACACUGUCCCCAAUGUCCCCACAGGUGACAGACUACGAUGUCACCGUCCCUUGUCACCUGGGCCACCUCCUGGUGCUCCGUGUGCACAAGGGGCCCUGCCGGGGCCUCCCCGAGAGCUCCUGGUACCUGGAGAGCGUCACCGUGUGGGGACAGCGCGGUGACAACGGUGACAACGGCGGUGACACCCUUGGGGACAGUGACAGCGAGGAGGAGGUGGCACAGGAGGACGGGGACGGUGACAGCGAGGAGGAGGAGGUGACAGAGGAGGAGGAGGAGGAGGAGGAAGAGGAGAGUGACAGUGACACUGAAGGUGACACUGAAGGUGACAUCGAAGGUGACAUCGAGGAGGACAUCGAGGAGGACAUUGAGAGUGACAUUGAGGGUGACAAUGAGGGUGAUGGCGCCGGUGACGUCACCGCUGUCACCUCAGGUGAUGCCACCCCCCCAGGUGACAGCCGUGUCCCCUCAGGUGACACCGAUGACGUCGCUGCCCUGGGUCCCUUUCACUUCCCGUGUUACCGCUGGCUCCAGGGGUUCGGCACCUGGGAGCUGCCCGAGGGGACAGCCACCACCCCGGCCAUGGAGCGGCACCCGCAGCGGCAGCGCCAGCGCCGGCGACACCUGGUGCAGCAACGGCGGCGCUACAGGCUGGCUCCCUUCGCCCCGGGCCUGCCGUGGUCUCUCCCCGCCGGGACCCCCCUGGACCCCGACCUGAGCUACAGCCUGGCCAAGGCCUCGGCCUUUUAUCUGCGGGGGAGUGCAGCCAAUCUGGAGGCCAAGCUGCGCGGGUUCCUGGCCCAGCCGCGCUCGUGGCCCAGCGUGGAGGCGAUGACGCGAGUGUUCCGCUGCUUCCACACCCCGGUGACAGAGUACGUGGUGCAGCACUGGCAGGAGGACGCGUUUUUCGGGGAGCAGUUCCUGAGCGGGGUGAACCCCGUCCUGCUGCGCCGCUGCCCCCGCCUGCCCCCCAACUUCCCGCUCACUGCCCCCAUGGUGGCGCCCAGCCUGGGGCCGGACACCAGUUUGGAAAAAGAAAUGGAGUUCCCGCUCACUGCCCCCAUGGUGGCGCCCAGCCUGGGGCCGGACACGAGUCUGGAGAAGGAGAUGGAGUUUUCCUAUUCCUCUCCAAUUUUUCGUGGUCCCCCUCAGCUGUCCCAGCAUCCCGGCCCCGAGUCCCCGAUUUUCCUGCCCGGGGACCCGCCCUGGCUCUGGGCCCUGGCCAAGGCCUGGGUGCGCAGCUCCGAGUUCCACGUGCACGAGGCUCUGACUCACCUGCUCAGGGCUCACCUGCUGGGGGAGGUGUUCGCCCUGGCCACGCUGCGCCAGCUGCCGCCGCAGCACCCCCUCUUCAAGCUGCUGGUGCCCCACAUGCGGUUCACGGUGCAGAUUGGGGCCCUCGCCCGGCGCUUCCUGCUCAACCCCGGGGGGGUCUUCGAUAGGGCGGUGGCGCUGGGCCGGCGGGGGCUGCUGGCGCUGGUGGCGCGGGGGCUGCGGGAGCUGCGCUGGCGCUCGCUGGUGCUGCCGCGCGACCUGCGGCACCGCGGCGUGGCGGCCACCAAACGGAACCACUUCGGCCAGGACGCCACCAGGGUGUGGGCGGCCAUCCAAAGGCUGGUGUCCGGAGUGCUGUCCCUCUAUUACCCCUCGGACGGCGCCGUCCGCGAUGACCCCGAGCUCCAGGCCUGGGUCCGGGAGAUUUUCCUGCGCGGAUUCCUGGGGCGGCGGCGCUCAGGUGUCCCCUCCCGCCUGGACAGUGUCCGUGGCCUGGUCACCUUCGUCACCACGGUCAUCUACACCUGCUCGGCCCACCACGCGGCCACCAACAGCGGCCAGUUCGAGCUGUCGGCGUUCCCCCCGAACGCGCCGGCCGCGAUGCGCUCGCCUCCGCCCCGCUCCAAAUCCCCCCUGAGCGAACGGGAAUUCCUGGAGGCUCUGCCGGCCAUGAACACCACGGCCACGGUGCUGGCCGUGCUCUGGGUGCUGAGGAACGAGCCCCUGGACAUGCGCCCCCUGGGUCAUUACCCCGAGCGUCACUUCACGGAUCCGCGGGUGUUGAUCCAGUUCCGGCUUUUCCAGUGCUCCCAUAUUCCCAGUAUUCCCAGUAAGCCCAGUUUGUGUCCCCAGCGCCCCCUGGGUCAUUACCCCGAGCGUCACUUCACGGAUCCGCGGGUGUUGAUCCAGUUCCGGCUUUUCCGGCGCCGCCUGCGCGGGAUCUCCAGGAAAAUCCGGGCCCGGAACGCGGGGAUGGAGCGGCCGUACCCGUACCUGGAUCCGGAGAAUAUCGAGAACAGCGUGGCCAUCUGAGAGAACAAAAAUAUCCUGGAAAUAUCCUAAAAUCACCCCAAAAAUAUCCUAAAAAAUAUCCUAAAAAUAUCCUA